CAUUAAUGACUAAUCCAUUCCAUAAAAGUCUUCCCUUUAGGAAUCUUACAGGUUACAUAUUGCCAAUAUUCAGACGUGACAGAAUAAAACAAAAAUAAGGAAAAAAAAAAAGAAAGGGAAAAACAUGAAGGUUGUCUCACUUCUGCUUCUUUUUCUUUCUAAUCUCUUCAAUACUUCGUUAGCAGGAGACACCAUCACUCCAAAUUCCUCCAUCAAAGAUGGCCAAACCCUCAUAUCAGCCAGCGGAAUCUUCGAGCUCGGCUUCUUCAGCCCCGGAAGUUCAAAGAUGAGAUUUUUAGGCAUUUGGUACAAGAAAAUCCCUGUCCAAACUGUCGUAUGGGUGGCCAACAGAGACGCUCCACUCUCAGAUACUUCCGGGAGUCUAACGAUCGGAGAAGCUGAUAAAAAUCUCAUCUUGCUCGAUGGAUCACAGACACCUAUCUGGUCGACGUCACCUUCAUCAAAAUCGAUCAAUCCAAUUGCACAACUGUUGGACAAUGGCAACUUCGUUCUUAGAAACAACGAUGGUACUUCCGAAAUCUACGUUUGGGAAAGUUUUUACAGUCCCUGCGACACUCUUCUUCCUGGAAUGAAGCUCGGUUGGAACUUAAAAGCCGGAAUUGAGUCAAAACUCACAACAUGGAAGAGCUUGGACGAUCCUUCUAAUGGAGACUACUCGUUCAGUCUUGAUCUUAGGGGAUCACCAGAGAUGUUCGUAAGGGAUGGAUCGCAGCCAACUUACAGGAACGGUCCAUGGACUGGUUUUCAAUUCAGCGGCGAACCGGAGAUGGCUCCAAAUAGCUACAUCAGCUUCGAUUUCGUCUCUAAUCAAGACGAGAUAUACUACACCUACAAAAUGCUCGACAGCUCCAUCACCUCCAGAUUGGUGCUGAACCAGUCUUUGCUUCAAAGGUACGUCUGGUAUGAUUCCAUGUCUUCGUGGUCUCUGUACUGGUCAGUUCCAAGGGAUCAAUGUGAUUCCUAUGCUGAAUGUGGUCCUUAUGGUGUCUGCAACCCAAAUUAUUCGCCAGUUUGUAGAUGUGUUCGAGGAUUUGAGCCAAAAAACCUGCAAAAUUGGAACUUGAGAGAUGGAUCUGAUGGUUGUGUUCGAGUUACAGAGCUGGAUUGCAAAAAAGGAGAUGGCUUUCUGAAAAUGAGCGGAAUAAAGCUUCCGGAUACAACAAUGGCUGUGGUUAUUGAGAGUGUUAGUUUGGAUCAGUGCAGGCUAAAUUGCUUGAAGAAUUGUUCUUGUUUGGCUUAUGCGAGCGCUAAUAUCAGUGCUGGAGGGAGCGGUUGCAUUACUUGGGGAAGUGAGCUGAUGGAUCUGAAGCAGUUUGCUGAUGGAGGCCAAGAUUUUUAUAUAAGAUUAGCAGCUUCUGAACUUAGAGGAAACUACAAGAAGAAACAUGUAAUUAUAACAGUUGUAAUUUUCUUUGUGCUGAUUCUUCUAUUGGGAUCUGCUGGAUAUUGGCUCUGGAAAAAGAAGGUGAACAUUACUGGUUAUUGGAGAAAUAAGUCAAGGCAGUUGUCAUUUGGUUCUGUAAUUACUGAACAUCUGUCAGAUGAUGAAGGUAGCAAGAGGAAAAAUACAGAUCUCCCAUUAUUUGAUUUAGAAACUGUACUAGUUGCUACUCAGAAUUUUUCAAUUUCUAAUAAGCUUGGAGAAGGUGGAUUUGGAAUAGUCUAUAAGGGUAAGCUUGAAGAUGGUCAAGAAAUAGCUGUGAAGAGACUGUCAAAAGGUUCAUUGCAAGGACUGGAGGAGUUUAAAAAUGAAGUUAUGUUGAUUGCUAAGCUUCAGCACAUCAAUCUUGUUAGAUUGCUUGGCUGUUGCCUUCAGGGAGAGGAGAAGAUGCUCAUUUAUGAGUACAUGGAAAAUAGGAGCUUGGACACCAUAAUAUUUGAUAAAACUAAAUCUUCUCUCUUGAGCUGGCCGAUGCGAUUCAAAAUCAUCGUCGGUGUUGCUCGUGGGCUCAUCUAUCUUCACCAGGACUCGAGGUUUCGAAUCAUUCAUAGGGAUUUGAAAGCAAGCAACAUUUUGUUGGAUCAAGAGAUGAACCCUAAGAUUUCUGAUUUUGGAUUGGCGAGAAUGUUUGACGGAGAGGAGACCGAUGCGUAUACUAAGAGAGUAGUUGGAACAUAUGGAUACAUGUCGCCAGAGUAUGCAAUGGAUGGCAUCUUCUCGGCAAAAUCAGAUGUCUUUAGCUUCGGUGUAUUGGUUCUAGAAAUCGUGAGUGGAAAGAAGAACAAAGGAAUUCAUAUUUCUGACCAACGUAUAAACCUUCUCGCUUAUGCGUGGAGUCUAUGGAAAGAAGGGAAGGCAUUGGAGUUGUUUGAUGCAUCAUUAGAUGAUUCCUGUUUAGAGAGUGAGGUGUUGAGAUGCGUUCACUUAGGACUAUUGUGUGUUCAAGAAAGAGCAGAUGAUAGGCCAUCAAUGUCGUUGGUGCUUCUUAUGCUAUCGAGUGCGAAUGUUAUGUUGCCACGUCCUAAAAAUCCGGGUUUUUGGGACGCCGAAAGCUCGAGCGAAACCAAAUUGUCUUGGAGCUUUUCUACUAAUGAUAUGUCCGUGACGAAGCUCGAGGGUCGGUAGAGCAAUGAACAAAGUGUUCUUUUGACUCUUUUGAAUUUGAAGGGUUCAAGAUACGACAAUGUUGCAUUACUUUGAAGAAUGCAAUAUGCAGGGAACAUCAUAAGAAUGCUUUCUUGGUCUUCAUAGGAUCGUUUUACUAAGAAAACUUUAAGCAAAUAUUGUUUAAUUUUCUUUGAGUGUUUUUUAUUAUUUGAUUUUAUUUAUGUAAAGGAGAAAUAUUAGAGAAAUGUACUACAAGAAGAUGUUUAUA